AUGCCAGCAGUCGGUCUUGGUGUUUGGCGCAUGGAAGGAAAAGAAAUCAGAGACCUCAUUAUCAAUGCCAUCAACAUUGGUUACCGCCAUUUUGAUUGCCCUGGUUCUACUCAUUUGCCCGACCUCAGGGCCCUUGACCUUGAGGUAGUAGCACAAAUUACCCAUUGGGCUGUAACAUACGUGAACAAGGUAAUGUUGCUUUCAGCUGAUUACAAAAAUGAAGCAGAAGUAGGGGAGGCACUUGCAGGAGCAUUUUCGACUGGGCUUGUUAAGCGAGAGGAUCUCUUCAUCACCACCAAGGCCAGUCAUGGACAUGUCGUAGAGGCCUGUAAAGACAGUCUGAAGAAGCUUCGGUUGGAUUAUCUGGAUCUAUACCUUGUUCACUUUCCUGUUACCACCAAGCAUACCGGAGUUGGUACAACUGCAAGUGCUUUGGAUGAGGAUGGGGUGCUAGAAAUAGACACAACCAUAUCUUUGGAAACUACCUGGCAUGCUAUGGAAGAACUGGUUUCUUUUCAGUGA